AUUACAUUUACCUACACCUUUUGAAGUACGCUCAAUUUGAUAGAUACCGUCCCAUCAAAUCAGACCAGUGGUUGCCCCCAUCAAAUAUCCCGACCCAUCACUGUCUCAAACGCCAACACAUAUCACAACUUUACGAGCCGCACCACAAGAAGGUUGCUUGGGCCUAGUCUCUGCUCUACUGGUAUGAACAAUGAACGCCUCCACGGAGCACCAAGAUGAAAUCGCCAAGUUGGUUGAGCAACACGAAGCAGUUCCUCCGCCCUGGUUUAUGUUUCCAAACCUUCAUCCGUACAGCAUCGGCUGGCGCAUGGGUGCUGGCGAGUCUUAUCUUAUGAUGUAUUGGACUUGGUGGAAGCAACAAAAAGAGAAACUCGACGAAACGCAACGAACUGCGUAUUUUCGCAGAUGGCCGCCUCCACCCGAGUGGCUCGUUUGGAUGAUAGAAGUAAUCUGGGAUCUUGAUCCCAAGGACUUUGAGGAUGACGAUGAUUACUCGCCCUACUUCACGCGUGUUGAGAAACUCGGUUUUGGGUCUGAAGAUGAUUACAAGAAGGCUAUGCGUGAUGAGGAAGAGUAAGCAGGGGGCAGCGACACCCUGAUAUUCCGUCACCGUGACAUCGGUCUUCCGGACCUGCGAAAUGACAAGGACAUUGCAGCAAAAGCCGCUGACGUCAGUGAAGGUCGAAGCAGUAAGAAUAAUGGCUUGGCUCAGCCGGACGAAAAAAUGGAGUGAGAAUUAUUGGUUGGCAAGAUUGUUGCAUUCAUACUGACUUGUCCCGUCAAUUCGCGGUUGUGUCCCUGCCCAGGAAGGGUUAUCGGAGAGGUUAUCACAAUUAGAGGAAAUUCAAAACCACACUUACAUUAGGUUCCUAUCACCAACCGCGAAUAAUGACUUGUUGUGUUAUUGAAUUGACAUUUACAGUAUUCGU